AUGACAAUACUAGAAGUUUGUAUUGAUAGUUAUGAGAAGGGAGUGCAAGCUUGUUUGAAUGGUGCUAAACGAUUAGAGUUGUGUUCCGAUUUGGCUUUGGAAGGCUUUACUCCGAGUGAAGAAUUGAUUGAGGAAUUUAUGAGGGAUGUUUUGAGGAGAAGUGAUGAUAAUGAAGUGAUUCCCAUUCAUGUAAUGAUUAGACCUAUCAAGAGGGAUUCAAAUAUUCUCGACACAUUCUGCUAUGAUUCGAAUGAUUUACAAAUAAUGAAAGAGCAAAUUAGAAUGUGCAGGAAAUUAAUUGAUCUUCAUGCAGUGGAAAAGUCAAGAUUUAAAAUUGAGGGAUUUGUUAUUGGAUGCAUCAAGAAGGAGAAUGGUGGAAUUAUUAUUGAUACUGAAAUAUUGAAAGAAUUGUGCGAAACAAUUCAAGAGAAUAAUGGACAUUUCAAUAUUACAUUCCAUAAGGCUUUUGAUUUACUGACACAUCCUGCAGAAUCUCUCGAUAUUCUUUUACAGUUUGGAAUUAAUAGAAUCCUUACUAGUUUAUGUUUUGCUUACACAGACUUGAAAGGCAAAAUUACUGCAGCUCUAGAAUCCAAUAAUUCUCAAGUUGACCAAUUUCUUAAACACCUAAAAGAGAUUAAUCAACACCAAACUGUAAUGACCUUAUUAAUUGGAGGUGGAGUGCGUGAAUGCAACCAAUUAUCCAUUAUUAACUUUAUGAACCAAAAUGCAAUUAUUCCGUUCGAACUUCACUCCUCCACUCCCUUUUUAACAAUCAACUAA